UAAAACGCAAAAUUUACGAUUUUAACAAAUGUACUAGUGUUAUUGUCGACUCCUCCUCGUUGAGUCGUUGAUGAUUUAUUACUGUGUUGCCUUGCCCUAUUGCGGUGGGUUAAUUCAAUUCCUAACAAUCACCAAACUUCUUUAGUGAGAGCAAAAUCCUCAGAAAAUCAAGAGUGAAAAUUCUGGGAAAACAAGUAAAUUAACAAAAAAAAAAGAAGAAAAACAGAUUUCCAGAAGGCCAGAAAUACAGCUCAGGCUAGAGGGAAGAGAGAGAAGAACAAAAGGGUGAACUGGUUAGUUGAAUUCGAAAAUGAACGGCGGCCCAUCUGGAUUCAAUAAUGCGCCUGUAACUAGAGGUAUAAUUGUUGCCUCUGCUCUCUUCACCGUUUUCUUUGGACUUCAAGGCCGUUCUAACAAGCUUGGAUUCUCGUAUCUGGAUAUUUUCCAGAAGCCCCUGCUAUGGAAGAUCAUUGUCUCAACCUAUGCCUUUACGUCGACUCCAGAGAUGAUGUUUGGACUAUACCUGCUGUACUAUUUCCGGGUAUUUGAGAGACAGAUAGGAUCAAAUAAGUACACAGUGUUUAUUUUAUUCUCUUUGAUGGUUUCAUUCUUCUUAGGCAGUGGUACGCUAGCCCUCUUUAAAGAUCCCAGCGCCUUAAUCACUUCUGGACCUUAUGGCCUGAUCUUUUCUUCAUUUGUACCAUUCUUUUUUGAUAUUCCCGUGUCAACACGAUUCCGGGUGUUUGGUUUUCACUUCUCUGACAAGUCUUUCAUUUACCUGGCUGGACUUCAGCUUCUUUUAUCAUCUUGGAAAAGAUCCAUUUUGCCGGGGAUAUGUGGCAUCAUCGCUGGUUCCUUGUAUCGUCUGAACAUCUGUUACAUCCGCAGAGCCAAGUUGCCUGAUUUCAUUGCUUCGCUAUUUUCACGAGUAUCUUGGCCAUCUACGGGGAGCCCACCACCUGCAACUGGGAUUAGGAGUGUACCGAGUACUACUUCUUACGCAGGGCGGCAAGUGGAGAGAAACUACCCUUCUCCGGUUGUUGGUUCUGUUGGACCAUCAGAUGAGUCCAUUGCAACGCUAGUAUCCAUGGGAUUUGACCAAGAUUCCGCCAGACAAGCACUUGUGCAAGCUAGAAAUGACGUCAAUGUUGCCACAAAUAUCCUUCUUGAAGCACAGUCCCAUUGAAUCAGUCAACUGCAGUUUUUUGUUUUCUCCGAAUAUGGUCAUGAAGAAGAAGAUAGCCGACUUCCAUAAAAUCUGGAUAGAGAAGAAAACAGAGGUUGCUCGGUAUUUCUUGUUAGAAAACCUACAACUCUUUGGCAUAUAAUUCUUCCAUGAUUCCCUUUUUUUCGUUGAGAAAAGGGGGAACUCUCAAUUCGUAACAAUGCAUAUAAGCUGACGAAUUUUGUGACUUUAGAAGCCCUGUGCAUUUUUACUUGCAGCAUUUUAGGAGAUACGUUUGAUGUAUAUUUUUUCUUUUCAGGAAUGUAGCAAAUGUAAUUUAGAUAUCUUAUUCUCUCUCCUUAGUUCUCUUAUAUUAAGAAGAUUAAGGACAUUCAUGGGCUUUGGUAACUUGUAGAAUUACUUAACUCUAUUAUUGAAUACCUACUGUUUAGACUUGACUGGUAA